AUGGCGGGUGCUUUCAAAUCUUCCAGUGGAAGGGAAGAGCAAGAAUCAGCUGUUGCAAGUCGCCCUGAUCGUGUUGAUCCUCACUCUGGGGGAUCCACCUUUUCUGAAGAAUUUUUUCCUCACUGUCCCUUGGAUCAGGUAGAAGGUGGAGAUGAGUUCCCAAGUGGGGAUAUGGGGGUUUAUUCUGCAACGGAUCCUGAUAUCUCACCAUUUCCAGAUCAGGCUCCUGGUGCUGCUGCUUCACCUGCAAGGGUACCGCCUGCAACGUCUCCAUCUGAAGGGGAUAAACUGCAUACAGAUGAACUGGCGACAGAUAAGCUUGCUAAUCUUAAUGAGGGUCAGUCUCCCACCUCCUCUGUACUAUUGCCACAUUCGGGGACUAUUAUUCCUAGUCCCACGACUGGCCGACUGACUCAAGUGGAUACACACGCGAGCUCUCCUGAACUUUCAACUGCUGACGAUGACGAACCGUUGGACUAUGGGAGCUCGUCUCACCAUGAAGAUGCUGAUGAGGAUGAAAGCGAUGAUGAUAAUUUUUAUGCUUGGGCGGAUCAACCACCACCACCUUCUGACAAGGCGUCUGGUUAUCUUCCUUUUUACCCUACUGGUUCUCCAACUACUGAAGCUGCUGGGACGUCAUCGUCUCUCCCUUCGCAAGCAACAGACGCUCCUCCCUCCGAGUCAAUGCCGGUGACAACGAGCUCUUUACCAGAGGAACCUCUUUCGCUGACGAUUCCUCUUAAACCUGUGGGGACAGAGAUUGUGCUAAGCUCAACCCAAACAGGGGUACUUAUGGCUCUACCUUCCAGUCCCUCACAAUUGGAUAUCACCAUAGCUUCUCCCACUUCUUCACGAUCAUCACCGAUUGCUUCUGCAUCAGGGUCUAUGCUUUUAAGUUCCCCACCGUCAUCUCCGGUGAAGACGCUAAGUCCAGUGGCCCUUCCCUCCAUCCUAAAGGUUCUUAUAAGACCAUUGGAAGAUAUGAUGAAGAUAGCGAUUGAGGAAAUCAGUGCUGGACGAGCUACGUUUGAUUCUUUCAAACCACUACUCACGCACUCCCUGAAUGGCAUUCGAUAUUUGGAUGACGCUCGAUUGUUCCAACAUUGCUCUGAAGGCGUCUCUCGGUUGGAAAAAGAUCUGAGGGCUUUGGAAGAAUUGCAUCGAGCUGAUCUUAUUCCAAGAGGCCAUCACUGA